UGAAAUUGCAUCGUAUUCUGAACUGUUUGAUCCGAGUUCUCCCGAUUCGUUCAAUGUGUUAGCUACUUUGGGUUUUUAUGCUGUAGUUAAUUUUUGUUUUACACUGUAUCACCAUGUCGGUGGCGUUUGCACCUCAUAGGCAGCGAGGGAAGGGCGAUAUAACACCCGCUGGAAUACAAAAGUUGCUUGAUGAAAACAACCAGCUGAUCCAGUGUAUAAUGGACUUCCAGAGUAAAGGCAAAACGGCAGAGUGUUCACAGUAUCAACAGAUGCUGCACAGAAAUUUAGUGUACCUGGCCACGAUAGCAGACUCAAACCAGAACAUGCAGUCCCUCCUCCCUGCUCCACCCACUCAAAACAUGCCCAUGGGCCCUGGUGGAAUGAACCAGAGUGGGCCCCCACCUCAGCCACCUCAUGGUCACAACAUGCCCUCGGAGGGUAUGGUCAGCGGUGGCCCUCCAGCUCCACAUAUGCAGAACCAGAUGAAUGGACAGAUGCCUGGGCCUAAUCAUAUGCCCAUGCAAGGACCAGGUCCAGGCCCCAACCAGCCUCCGAACAUGCCCAGUGGCUCUAUGAAUAUGCCCCCCAGCAGCCACGGCUCCAUGGGCGGUUACAAUCACACCGUCCCUUCCUCCCAGGGCAUGCCAGCUCAGAGCCAAAUGAAUAUGACCCAGGGCCAACCCAUGGGAAAUUAUGGGCCUCGUCCAAACAUGAACAUGCAGCCCACCCAAGGCCCAAUGAUGCACCAGCAGCCUCCCUCGCAGCAGUAUAACAUGCCUCCUGGUGGUGGUGCACAGCACUACCAAGGACAACAGACCCCGAUGGGAAUGAUGGGCCAGGUUAACCAAGGGAACCACGUCAUGGGACAGAGGCCGAUGCCGCCCUACAGACCCCCGCAGCAAGGACCCCCUCAGCAGUACCCAGGGCAGGAAGACUACUAUGGGGACCAGUACAGUCACGCAGGACAGGGAGCCUCAGAAGGUAAUGCCCAGUAUGGCCAACAGCAGGAAGCCUACCAGCAAGGCCCUCCCCAGCAGCAGGGCUACCCUCCUCAACAGCAGUACCCAGGUCAACAAGGCUACCCACCACAGCAGCAGGGUUACGGCCCCUCUCAAAGCGCCCCGGGACAGUAUCCUAACUAUCCCCAGGGGCAGGGACAGCAGUACGGGGCCUAUCGCCCUCCUCAGCCGGGACCCCCGCAGGGCCAGCAGCAGCGCCCUUACGGUUAUGACCAGGGGCACAUGAGGAAAUAAAGACCCAGGGAUUUGAACCCCUGACUAGCUCUGUAAGACGCAAAGGGCCAGUAUGGAAAUUACCAGCAAUGAGAGAUGAUCUCAGCAAUCUCCACAGCUCUGCUCUGAUCUGUCUGAGCUUUGACCUCUGGUCAUCUGCUAAGCAGACUUUAGCGAUGGUUUCAGCUCGGCCACAAAACACACACACAAAAAAAAAACAUCCAAGACACAUUUUCCCCUCUUGUUCUGGGCUUUGUCAAUGCCUAUAAAGUGUAUCCAAGUUCAUCAUGUACAUUGGCAUGACGAUGUCAAAGUCCAUGACUCGCCCUCUCGUCCAGUACGUCUCAAAGUGGCAAUGCCUUAAAAGUGGAACUGCCUUAUCCUUUAGCAUUGCGGAUUGUGAAACGGGCUAACAAAAAAUUUUGGAUGACCGAUGAUUUAAAUGUAAAGUUUCCAUCUACUAUGGUGCAUUGUUUCUCUAUCCUUCAGUUCCCUGAUCAUAAGAAGCAAUAAUGCCAGCAGUAGGGGAUUGUUUGCGGACUCAAAGUUGAAAUAAUGCACCAGGUGAACUUCCAGCUAGGCCAUGGUACAUGUCUUGAUGUAUGUGAUGAUGUAAAAAUAUAUUUUAUGCUUUUUAGAUCAAGCUAACUUUGUAUAAGACAUUGGAAACUAGUACUAAAGCUGUGUUGUUUAUUUCAUGAUGUGUAUGUGUCAAUGUUUUUUUUUUGGUUUUUCUUUUUUUUUUAAUGCUCUUUAAUGACUCUCUCAUCCAGCACAUUUUCUUUGUUGUUGAAUUGUGUAACUAUUAAAUCAGAUCUGUUACAUCGGUGACAUGAACACUGUGUGAAUACUUCAUGGAAAAAACAAAACAAAAGAGUUUGACACACACGAACAAAUAUGAGGCAUAUCUGAAACUAGAACACGUUCAAUGUCUGAAAACACAUUGUGAGUUCUGUGUUGUGUUUUUAAGGCGAUGGGUGUGUGUGUGUGGGGGGGCUAAUUUGCAUCAUAAAAAUAUUUUUUUUCAUUACAAUAACUUGCAGAAUAAUGGCAAUUGGCCAUGAGAUAAUAUGUAGCAGAUGCUGCUGCACGUUAUAAGGGAACGCUCUCUGGAGCCUAGUCUAAAUAUAUAUAUAUACAUCCUCUUGUCCAUUGACUGCAAAUUGGUGAAUGUUAAAGAUUAAACUCGGCAUAAACAUCUCCGACAACUUCUUUGUUCUCUCAGUCGACGAUGUUCGUUGGUUAGUUGGCGAAGCUGGAGCCCCUUCUUCCCCCUUUGAAUAAACGUCUAAGUUGAUGUCAUUCAAAAUAGUGUUUUGUGUGUGUGCGUGUGUGUGUGUGAAUACUAAAGAUGGUUACUGUCUAAUAAUGUAACAUAAGAUGUGAAAAUAAUGUCCUGAAAUGGGUUCCUUAAACUUCACGGUAAAGACUGGUUGUGCAGUUUUAUAUCACUGGCUUGAUAUCUGUAUUAUGGUGCAUAUUUUAUUGAGCCCACGUGUACAGCGGCAUAAAGGAGGAGGCCCUCGUCGCCCUCCGGUAAUUGUUUAUAUGGCUGUUUUAAUAUUUUUCAUUCUGCACCCCAUUCAAGUGGUGUUCACAUUUGUGUCAUGCCAAUGUAUAACUGUACAUUAUAAUAAAUUGGAAAAAUCUUUCA